AUGAGCGUGCCCGAGCGGGGCCCGGGCGGCGGUGGCGUCCCCGGCACCGGGGGCGGCCCCGGCCCCGGGCGAGGCCCCGUGGCGGAGCCGGGCAGCGGCAGCGGGCGGAAGGCGCGGGGGCGGCCGCGGCUGACGGAGUCGGACCGGGCGCGGCGGCGGCUGGAGUCGCGGAAGAAGUACGACGUGCGGCGGGUGUACCUCGGCGAGGCGCACGGGCCCUGGGUCGACCUGCGCCGCCGCAGCGGCUGGAGCGAUGCCAAGCUGGCGGCCUACCUGCUGGGGCUGGAGCGGGGGCAGCGCGCCGGACGGCGCGGGAAGCCGUGGGAGCAGAUCCCUAAAAAGCCCAAACGCAAGAAAAGGCGGCGGCGCAACGUGAACUGCCUGCGGCAUGCGGUGAUCUGGUACGAGGACCACCGGCAGCGCUGCCCCUACGAGCCUCGGUUGGCGGAGCUGGACCCCUCGGUGGGGCUCUACACCACGGCCGUCUGGCAGUGUGAGCGCGGGCACCGCUACUUCCAGGACCUGCAUUCGCCCCUGCGACCCCUCAGCGACUCUGACGGGGACAGUGAUGACGCAGCUCCUGGCAGCUCCUCCUCUUCAGGGGGCUGCAGCUCAGGCUCGGAGGCGACACCAGGGGGGGCCCCGUCAGCACCGGGGGGCGUGGCAGUGGCCCCCCCUGCGGGUCCAGGCCCCCCUGAGGGUGCUGCGGAGGGGCGGGGGGCAGCACUGGAGGCUGUGGUCUGCGUGCCACUGCCGCUGCCUCUGCGGCUGGGCACGGGGCGGGGGCCGCUGGCCGAGGGAGGCCCCCCCACCCUGCUGCAGGGGCCCCCCCUCCUCAUCCUGGCCAGUCCUGGCUAUGAUGCGCUGGGGGGGCUGCAGCUGGAUGGGGCGGGGGGUGAGGUGCCCUGCUCUCUGCUGGAGGGGGGGGGCGCCUUCCCCCCACCCCCCCCCGGAUGCUCAACUCCCUACAGUGCCUCACUUUCCACACUGAUGGCAGAGGAGCAGGAGAUGCUGGGGCUGAAGCAGGAGGAGGUGCCCCUCCCUGCUGCUGAGCCCCCUCCAGAGCCCCCCCAGGAGUCCCCCCUACACCCCCUGGCUGAGGACCCUGACGGUGGUGACAUAUCGGCCAUCAUCUAUGAGAUCCCCAAAGAGCCCGAGAGGCGGCGACGGAGCAGGCGGGGCCGUGCCCCCCACCCUGACCCCGAGGGGCUCCCGGAGCCAAUCGCCUGCCCGUAUGCGGGCUGCGGGCAGGUCUACAUCGCUCUCAGUAGCUUCCAGAAUCACGUCAACCUGGUGCACCGCAAGGGCCGGACCCAGCAGUGCCCCCAGCCUGGCUGUGGGAAGAGAUUUUACUUGGCCAACCACCUGCGCCGGCACAUGGUCAUCCACUCUGGCGUGCGGGAGUUCACUUGCGAGACCUGCGGGAAAUCUUUCAAGCGCAAGAACCACUUGGAGGUGCACAGGCGGACGCACACCGGGGAGACCCCCCUGCAGUGCGAGGUCUGCGGGUACCGCUGCCGCCAACGUGCCUCCCUGACGUGGCACAUGAGGCGCCAUGGGGGGCCAGGGCUGCGUCCCUUCCCCUGCGAGCGCUGCGGGAGGCGCUUCGAGCGCCCUGAGGGCCUCAAGUUCCACGCGCUCAAGAGCCACCCCGAGCCUCGCGGCACCUAGGGGGGACCCCCACCCGCUGGGUCGCCCUGAUUUCUCUGGGGCCGCUUCAUGGCACAUGGAGGUGGGGAAGUACCCCCCACGGGUCCUGACCCCGCCAUGGGGCACCCUGAGCCUCCAUGCACUUGGUGGAGCCCCUCAUUCCCCCGGGCUCCCCGAGCUGCCCCGGGGACCCCCACCUGCCCCCAGCACCAGGGGACCCUGACACCCCCAGGA